UGUCUGUGUGUGUGUAUGUAUGAAGGGGAGGGGACCAAUGUGUAGGGGAGUGUUUAAGUAAGACCUCUGGAGAGGAGUUGUGGAUAAAAUAGGCAAUAAGAUUAGAUCGAGGGCAACGUUCACUUAUCGUCUGUAGUGAGGUUUUCUGUCCUGCGAUCAGAGAUGCGAGUCAGUCUUAUAUAUUUCAGAGAUCCUCAGAGGUUUACAGUGCAAAAGGCUACGAUACCCGAGGACCUAAGGUUAUAUUAGCCCAGGAUUUCAUCGGCGAUGGUGAAAUUAACCCCAAUACAGCCUUGGAAACCGAUGACGACGAUUUAGAGGACACCGAAUCUUAAAUUCCCGACGUAACGAGGACUACGCGAAGAUGCCGUCUUCAGAAACGUUAAUAUUAACUGGCUUGGUGACUACAUUCUUCAACGUGGCCAUCACGAUAAUAGUGACCUGUGUAAUGUGGAAUCUUCAGAGACCAGUGUCCAUAAGAAGGGUUUCAGAUCAGCCCUCGACAGACAGAUUCAUGAAUGAGGAUCCCUGGUGCUGUGAUACUUCAUCUGGGCCGAACAAACUCCACGCAGGAAGGGAAAUACCAAACCCAUACCUAGAUCACAGUCGUGGGCUCCUAGACAAGUCAGGUCUUUUCAAGUUGCACCCCUUCGCCAUCACGGGGGACGAUUGGGACGGGACCUGCGACUCUUGGAGGAUCUGUCUCUCUACUCAGACGUCCGCCGACCUGAUGUUCAACAUAGGCCUACAGGCCGAAACGUGGGAGGGUCCUCUGUCCGUGUCCGUCUUGACCCCCGACCGCGACUUCACCGUGGCCAUCACUAUGAUCCAAUAUCUGCAAAAGUGUUUCCCGAGGAUGAUGUCUCGAGUAGCCUUCCACAUAACUUACCCGAGAAACCUCCCUCCGAAGUAUGUUGUCAAUGAUGAUGAGGAACAGCUGGAGUACAACUGCAAGCAGCCGGAAUCUGUCAACAGAGAAAUAGUGGAGAAGGUCCGCCCGGAGAAACUAGCCCAGCACUUGAAAAGGGCGGCUUAUCCCCAGAAUCUCCUGAGGAACUUGGCCCGAGAAGGCUGUCCCGCAGAGUACUCCUUCACACCCGACAUCGACAUGAUCUCGGCUCCCGGAAUGUCGAGAAAACUGAACGAAUUCGUGUCCCGGAACUCGACGAGAAGCUGCGGUCGCUGCGCAUACAUCAUCCCAACUUACGAGAUUCGCGCUGGGGUAGAGAAGAACCCUAGGACUAAAGGAGAGCUGAAAGCUCUUCUCAAGAAGAAGAAAGCGCAGCGCUUUCACAUCAAGGUAUUCCACCUCAACCAGCACAAUUCACAGCUGAAGAAGUGGGAGAGCGACAAGUCGUCUAGGCCUAGGAAACUGGAGGUCAUGUACAACAUUAGCACUUGGGCUGAAUUCUGGGAGCCCAUUUACGUCACCAAAGCCGACGUCCCUCCUUACGACGAGAGAUUUGUCGGUUAUGGCUAUACUCGGAAUAGCCAGAUCUACGAGAUGCACGAGGCUGGGUAUACGUGGCAUAUGCUGAACAAUGCCUUCUUAUGCCACAGUGGAUUCCAGACCAGAAGGCAGCGGUCAGGAAGUCGUAAGAGGCAGAUGCUUCAUAACGACCACAUUUACAAGGUCUUCAAGAAAGAGAUUCACGCCAGAUAUACAGUGGACGAAGAUAACCCACUCGCCGGGUACUGA